AUGUCAGUGGCAGCCUCUGUGAGAGACUCUGCCUCCUUCUUGUCCUCUCUACAGAAAAACCAAGCGGUUAUGUAUGAAGCUAGCAGAGUGCUUCAGACUUGGGCUCCCCAGAUGAAGGGUUUCAGGCUGGCGCUAGUGCCAGGACCUUCACGGGUCAGGCUGGGGAUCAUGCUGGUGUUGGCGCUGAUUUUCCUACCAAGAUUGUACUGUGACCAGGGAGCAGUAUAUUACUCUUCCUACGAAACAGUCAUCCCCAAGAGUCUGACAGUCAACGGAAGGGAAGACCCAGUGGAAAAGGCAUCCUAUAUGCUGCUGAUGCAGGGCCAGAAGCAGCUGCUUCACCUGAAAGUGAAGAGAGACUAUUUUGUGGAUAACUUUCCAGUCUUCAGCUACCACAAUGGCAUCCUGGGACAAGAGAUGCCCGUCCUCGCGCAUGACUGUCACUAUGAAGGCUACAUAGAAGGCGUCCCAGGUUCUUUUGUUUCUGUCAACACCUGUUCAGGCCUCAGGGGCGUCCUGAUUAAGGAGGGAAAAUCCUACGGCAUUGAGCCCGUGGGCGCUUCAAAAAAGUUUGAACAUGUGUUGUACACCAUGGCGCGUGAAGCUCGAAUCUCCUGUAGCGUCACUUCCAAAGACAGCCAAGUGGUGUCCACCAGCCAGCAACAAGGGAGCAGGAAGCCUCGCAGUGCACAGGCGCUGUCCUACUUGUGGUCACACACCAAGUACGUGGAGAUGUUUGUCGUGGUCAGCAACCAGCGGUUCCAAAUGUGGGGCAGUAACAUCAAUGAGACAGUCCAGAGAGUAAUGGACGUCAUUGCCCUGGCUAACGCCUUCACUAGGGGAAUAAACACAGAGGUGGUGCUGGCUGGAAUGGAGAUUUGGACCGAGGGGGACCUCAUAGAGGUCCCAGCGGACUUGCAAGUUACCCUCAGGAAUUUCAAUAGCUGGAGACAAGACAAGCUCUUCCAUCGUGUGAAGCAUGAUGUUGCCCACAUGAUUCUUGGACAUCGCCCUCAAGAGGACACGGGACAGGCAUUUCUCAAUGGUGCCUGUUCCACUGGCUUUGCAGCAGCUGUUGAAUCCUUCCAUCAUGAAGAUGUCCUCCUGUUUGCAGCGCUCAUGGUCCAUGAGCUUGGGCACAACCUAGGUAUUCAGCACGACCACUCGGCCUGCAUUUGUAAAGAUACACACUUUUGCCUCAUGCAUGAAAACAUCACUAAAGAAAGUGGCUUCAGCAACUGCAGCUCUGACGACUUCUACCAGUUCCUCCUUGACCACAAAGGGGCCUGCCUAUUCAACAAGCCUCAGCACAAAGGCCGCGUGCGUAGGGAUGCUGAGUGUGGUAAUGGUGUGGUGGAGGAGGAUGAGCAGUGUGACUGUGGUUCUGCCUGUGACAAUCACCCCUGCUGUAAUCCAGGAUGUAAGCUGAAGGAUAAUGCCCAGUGUAGUCCUGGACCCUGCUGUAAUAGUUCGUGUCUAUUUGCAGAAAGCGGAUCCACAUGCCGCAUUGCCUUUGACGAUUGUGACCUCCCAGAGUAUUGUGAUGGUAACUCUGCAGAAUGCCCCACAGACAGCUACAAACAAGAUGGUACAAAAUGUUACGGUAGUCACUAUUGUGUUCAGGGUCAGUGCCGGACACCUGAUGAACAAUGUGCUCGUGUUUUUGGUCAUCCUUCAAAGUCUGCCCCCUCAGACUGUUACAAUUUAUUCAAUCGCAAAGGGACCCGGUUUGGAAAUUGUGGCCCUCCCACUUUAAAUAACCCAGAAUAUGUUAAGUGUGCAGAUGAUAAUUUAUACUGUGGGAAAAUUAUUUGUACAAAUAUUAGACAGUUACCACCAAUCAAACCUCUACAUACACUGAUACAGGUCCCUUUUGAAGAUGACUUUUGCUGGAGCAUGGAUGCAACUAAUGGUACUGCUGAUAUCCCUGAUGAUGGAGAUGUGUUCGCUGGCACUUUGUGUAGUUCAGGAAAAGUGUGCAUGGGUCACUCCUGUUCUCCUGACACUGUGCUCAACUAUGACUGCAAUCCAGAGGAAAUGUGUGCUGGGAAAGGAAUUUGCAACAAUUUAAAGCACUGCCAUUGUGAUUUUGGCUAUGCCCCUCCUAACUGCACAACUCCAGGAAAUGGGGGUAGUUUGGACAGUGGUCCUCCUGGUUUGCCAAGUGCAGAAGAGCCUCAAAGUCAAAGUACUACCAGCCCUCCCAAAGGGGCAGGAUUAUUGUUAGACAUGAUGGUUUUAAUAUUCCUUAUACUUUUACUCAUAUUAUUAUUGAUGUUGAUUAUUUGUGGCAUCUACUGUUGCUUAGGUGCAAAAGAAGAAGAAAAGCCUGCAGAAGAGGCUGCAGAAAAACCCCCAGAAGAGGCUGCAGAAAAACCCCCAGAAGCGGAGCCCAAAGAGUCCAAACCUAUUCCUGAAUCUGCGUAA